AUGGAUAGUGAAGAUCUGCAAUGCAUAAUCUGCACUGCAAAGCCCACAUUCAGUGAUAUAUCACAUCUUUUAACCCAUGUUGCCUCCAAAGCCCAUUUAUCUUUUUAUUUCAAGCUUCAAGUCCGCAGUCAUCAGGAGGAGGAGGCAACGCAGCUCCUGGAGGAAUACGAUGCUUGGUACAAUGACAAUGGCCUCGCCGUACUACUGUCUGAAAGAAUGAGAACCAAGGAAGGCCGCAAAAUGAAGAAGGCCCCCAGACAAGCCUCAAAAGCCCCCGUUGCCGGCAAUCCUCGACCACAGAGAAAAAGCGGAAGAUCCACUACAAAAGCCUCAAAUUCUGCUUCAGACACAUACUUUCCCGAUCUCUUGGAUCCACGCCUUGCAGGUCCGUCCGACAACAUCAAACCAGAUGCGGAAGAAGAUUCAUCAUUCUACUUGACCUCUUAUCCUCCAGCCACACCUUUGGCCAAUACCCACCCAACACUCAGAAUAGAGUGUGUCCCUUCAGGGCUGACACAGCCCAUGUAUAUGGGAAACUCGACUGAUUGGCAUGGCGAACAUCCGUAUGAGCCCAGACAUAACGCUCAUACAUCCAUGAACGCUUUACAGACCCCAUUGCGGACCAGACGACAUGCAGCAAGUGAUCCGAUACCCUUGGCUGAGAGCCAAUCACAAGACGUCUUCCACGAAGAUGAACAAAACGAAGUUGCGGAUGAGAAAACACGGGCGGAGGAGAUUUCACGGUUGAAGGGCAUAUUUUGGCCUGGUAUGGACAUCUUCGACUCAGCCACACACCAAAUGCGACGCAAGCGUAAUCAGAAAAAGGACGCAAAUGUUUUGAAACUAUUGGAAAAGACAUCGUCACUCGUGGAGCCUACCGAGCUCAUCUUUUCUCCAGCAGGAACUUUACGAAAGGAGCGGGUGAUUUCGGGCAAUGUUGAAGACGAUAGCCCUUUGAAGGGUGAAACUCCGGUUCCCAAGAAACGAAUUUCUCGGCCAAAGAGAGAAGUCCUUCGCCAGGUGGAUCCAAAUAUUCCCCUUGCGCAGGACAGGAAGGGUUCCAAAAAAGUGGUCACUCAAAACCUCAACGGAAAGGUCCAACAAAUAGUCGUGGAUACUACAGGAUCCCCGCGCCGGUUGAAUGAUAUGGCAGAUUUUGGACCACCGAAGCACACGAUAGAUGAUGAAUUUGAUAUCUCUAUGCAAGAACUUGGCAAGCGACCUCGCCAGGCCUUUACCAUUUUCUCUGAUGAAGUCUUAAACCCCAGUGUGACCCGAGAGGUAUUGACAUUGACUCCAACUCGUCUGGUUCUGGAUCGCAAGCCUGAUCUCUCCCACACUCAUGGAAUGAAGGCCAAUCGAGACAAAGAAAACAUCGAACCGAUUUUGAAUUCACAGGGUCGCGUCGGUCUCAACAACUGGCAAUCUCCUUUUUUUAACCGAUCUGACAUUGGGAAUGUCGGCUUUAUCCCCGGGUACUUCUACAAUGAACCUUUGGGAAAUGGACUCGGUGAUGAUGGAAAGUCUGGUUACCGACCCAACCCUCUCCUGGCCGCUCCCAAGAUGAGUUUCUAUGAGGGUAACCCAUAUGAUGAUGAUUUCACAGUGAGCGGAGCUUGGACGACAAUAUCACGUGAAGUAUCAACUGAAGCGACCAUCUCCGAAGCUGAGCACCGAGAUCUUGCUCGGAUGUACCUGGCGUGA